ACGAUAUGAAACAUCUUUAAACCUACUCUUAAUGAAUAAAUAAAAAUCCUUCGGUCAGUACUCUCUUUCUUUUUUAUCUCUAUUGUGUUUACAGCUCAACUGCCAUCAUCGUCAAAGAAAGCAAUGGAAAAUAUGAAGGAGGGUUGGGCGUUGAGAUGGACAAAGAGAGAAGUGUUGACAGAGGUGUGGAUGCAGUUGACAUUAUCGGGUCCACUCAUAGUCGGCAACGUCUUCCAAUUCUGUCUGCAAAUGAUUUCAGAAAUGUUUGUUGGCCACCUUGGCCAGCUUUCUCUUGCUGGUGCUGCCAUGGCUGCUACCUUUGCCAGCAUCGUUGGCUUCAGCUUCUUGAUUGGAAUGGGAAGUGCACUCGACACGCUAUGUGGGCAAGCAUAUGGAGCGAAGCAGUAUCAUAUGCUUAGUGUACAUAUGCAGAGAUCCAUGAUUGUGCUUCUACUAAUGAGCAUUCCCCUUGCUUUUAUUUUGGCUUUCACAUGCAAUAUCCUCGCUGCCAUGGGCCAAGACAGAGAGAUAUCGAAAGAAGCAGGGAUUUAUGCUAGAUGGAUGAUACCCGGCCUUUUUGCGUUUGCGCUUCUUCAAUCAUUUACUCGAUUCAUGCAAGCCCAAAGCAUUGUUAUUCCACUAAUGGCAAGUUCUGGAGUUACAACUCUAUGUCACCUAAUUUUAUGUUGGUUUCUUGUUUUUAAGUCUGGUUUGGGUAGCAAAGGUGCAGCAUUAGCCACUUCUAUUUCUUAUUGGAUCAAUGUAGUUCUUUUAGCUCUCUAUAUCAAGAUUUCCACUGCUUGCAAGGAGACUUGGACUGGUCUUUCAAUGGAAGCUCUGCAGGAUCUUGGACAUUUCUUGAGAAUUGGGAUCCCUUCUACAGUAAUGGCUUGCUUGGAGACCUGGUCAUUCGAUAUGAUUGUUAUCUUAUCUGGUCUUCUUCCUAAUCCAAAGUUGGAAACAUCAGUACUUUCAAUAAGUCUUGAUAUCUAUGCUUUGGCUUACAUGAUCCCUUCUGGUCUCAGUGGUGCCAUAAGCACGAGAAUUUCGAAUGAAUUAGGAGCAAGACAACCACAAGCAGCACGAUUGGCAGCUCGUAUUGCCACGUGCAUGGCUUUCAGUAAUAGUGUUGUUACAAGUUCCAUGACGAUCAUAGUUCGUGGACUUUGGGGCUAUUUGUAUACCAAUGAUCAACAAAUCAUUAAGCAUGUUGCAAAAAUAAUGCCUCUUAUUGCAAUAUCAAUUUUCAUGGAAGGAAUUCAAUGCGUUCUUUCGGGCAUUGCUAGAGGAUGUGGUUGGCAGAAGCUAGGUGCUGUAAUCAAUCUAGGGGCAUAUUAUGUUGUAGGUCUUCCUGUGGCUAUUCUAUUGGUAUUUGUCUUCCAUGAAGGAGGGAAGGGGUUCUGGAUAGGAAUCAUUUGUGGACUUGUUGUACAGUUGGUUUUGUUGUCUAUCAUUACCCUAUGCAGUAAUUGGGAAGAAGAAGCAAGGAGGGCCAACGAGAGAGUCUUUAGUUCUGAGAUGCCACCAGUGGAAAUGACCAAUACUUCUCUCAAUCCCUGAUUUAUCCAUAGAAUGAAAUAAAGUGAUAAUGCUACUGGGGAUUUGGCCUCAAACUUUUGUGACUCAUUCACAUGCUUUACAAAGCCUAAUACCAUUUGCCACAACUCAUGUGGUGCUCAAAAUGUUUCUAGCAAUGUUCUACAACUCGAGCGCGUCCACUCGGGCUUGCCCAAGUCACAUGGACUUGGCAAGGUGAGUAGGAAUCGGCAAACUCAGCCAUAUCCUACAUUUUGAUAUAAUAACAUGCACAUAAUCAAUCGAGUCUCUGAUAGACUCGACCGAAUUUGUGUGGAUGAAUCAGACUCAGGACCCUACAGAGUCUUGAGUCUAGGCCCUGUUUAGCACACUGAUUUCUAGUGAGGAACAUGUCAUCAUUUGCUAGGUUUUGUGGUUGUUUGUGAUAAUAUUUUAAGAGACUCAUAUUUGAAGAUA